AUGACGGCAGAGCUCCCUAUGCUGCGUGAGGCGGAGGAGGCGGUGAUGCUGGCCGCCACUGCGGCACCCGACGCGGAAGGCGACGCUGCACAGCCUUGGCAGCCUGCAGGGGUGAAGUGCGGAGCCUGUGAGGAGGCCAGCCGCGGCAGCCUCCAUGAGCAAGGCAAACAAUGGAAGAAAUUUUUAUAUUGUGAGCCACAUAAGAGAAUUAAGGAAGUACUGGAAGAAGAACUUUAUAUUAAGAGAGAUGAAUGCCACAUUAAAAAUUCACCUGCAGCGGCUCUGGAGAGGAUUUGGAGCAUUCAAAGGAAUCUCCCCAUGGGAGGCACGAAGCCAGGACUGCCCAGCAGGAACAAUUCACUGCCACAGACCAAGUACUAUUCCAGGCAUGGAGGGCUGAGAAGAUAAGAUGAAUACAAUUUUCCAUUGAGAUGGAACCUUUUUCUCCUGAUGUCUGAAGAACAAAGUGGAAACCCAAACUGGAUUCACAACUUAAAAUGUACAAAAUUGUAUAUUCAUGUGUAAUUCCUAUUGUUGGUAUGAACACCUAUCUCAAAGUAAGCAGCUGAAAAUAAGAAAGGAAAGUAGUAUACACACUUUGGAUUGUCAUAAUUGGAAUAUGUUUGGUUUCUAAUUCAGCUUCUG